UGCCGUGUGUUCGAGUGUUGUGUUCCGCGGUGUGCGUGCACGGACAGAAAAUCAUAGACAUAUAAAAGUCAAUCAUGCGUGUCAUGUAGACAGCUAUAUGUGUUUGCUAUCUGCUGGUGAUCACCUUGUCAAUAAUCGUGAAUUUCCUGAUUUUUUGGAAGCAAAGCGAGUUCAAGUUCAUAGAAUAUGGCUAAGAAUCUGGGUGAUAACAGAAAUCCACACACUUCCAUCCACAGUGAUGUAAAGGAAUACUAUGGCAAAAGAUUGAAGAGUACCGCAGACCUGAAGUCCAAUGCCUGUGUGCCUUCUGCAAAGCCCAUUCCUGCCUAUAUAAGAAAAGCCUUAGCAGAGGUGCAUCCUGAUGUCUCAGCCAGGUACUAUGGCUGCGGCCUGGUGGUGCCAGAGUGCCUGGAGUCCUGCCGUGUGCUGGACCUGGGCAGUGGGAGCGGCCGGGACGUCUACAUGCUGAGCCAUCUGGUGGGAGAAAAGGGCCACAUCACCGGGAUCGACAUGACCGAGGGCCAGCUUGAAGUGGCUCGCAAGCACCUAGAUUACCACAUGCAGAAGUUUGGCUAUAAAAAGCCCAACGUGGACUUUGUUCAAGGAUACAUAGAGGCUCUGCAGGAGGCAGGUCUGCAUGAAGGCUCCUAUGACCUCAUCAUAUCAAACUGUGUGGUUAAUCUCUCCCCGGACAAGGCAAAGGUUUUGAGGGAGGCUUAUCGCGUGCUUAAGGAUGGAGGGGAGCUAUACUUCAGUGAUGUGUACAGCAGCUGCAGACUCCCUGAAGACCUGAAGUCUCAUAAAGUCUUGUGGGGGGAGUGCAUCGGUGGAGCCUUGUGGUGGGAGGAUCUCAACCGAUUGGCCAAGGAAGUGGGCUUCAGCACACCCCUAUUGGUCACCGCCAGCGUCAUCACCGUGGACAAUCCCGAACUGGAGAAGCUGCUGGAUGGUUAUAAAUUUGUCUCGGCCACAUACCGCCUCUUCAAGGUGCCAAAAUGUCCAUCUGCAGAGAAGUGCCUAGUGAUGUAUGACGGGAACAUCACGGGUUCAGAGAAGACUCUGGAGUUUGAUGCGCAACAUACUUUCAAGGUGGAUGAGGUGAUGGAGGUGGGUGCAGAGAUGGGCAACAUCCUGAGGUGCUCCAGAUUUGCCUCCGAGUUCACCUUCCAGUCUCCUGGAACUCCCAGCAGCCCCUGCUGCUCCAAGCCUCAGGCUGUGUCCUCAAAUCCUUUUGAACUGGUGGAGCAGCUGUGGAAGGCAACUCCCUCUCCGUCCACAGGGGGGUGCUGUAGUGCACAAGAGACGUGCUGCAAGUGAGGCUACGAGACCACGCUGCAAUUAAACGUGGAGAAAUAGCGCAGGGGUACAGCAAAAUCCUGUUGUGCUCACUCUCAUACCAUGCUGAAAUCAUCAAAUAAUUGGAAUUCUGUCAGAUGUUGGCAAUAAAACAAUUUAUUGACAGUGUAUUGGGGAUUGGUUAAUUUAAACCAAUUUCACAAAAAAGUUUCAGAAAGUAAGUUUGGGAAUGUCCACCAAAGUCUACACCAAGAUAUGAUGAUUAAGAAGUAUGAUCCUGCUGGAGUUUUCCAGAUAAAACACUUGACCAAACAUCUUAUUCUUUGCUGUUAACUGUUUACUGCUAAAGGAGUCCUUUGUACAAUCGAUUAAAUCAGUUGUUAUUUUUGUCUGUGCUGAUUUUAAAUGCUGUGUCGGCUUGUAGCAAGAGGUAGCUGCACUUGCACUUAAAUUGACUUAAAUCUAAGAUGUGCCUCCAUUGUCUGAUUGUUUUGCUAAUAAAUAUAGACAUUUCCAGGUUCAA